AUUCGCUCCAAUUUUGCUUCACUCUCGAAUGAGAAACAACAUGGUUCCUUUCGCUUCGCUAUGUUAGCAUGGCUCCACAGUAUCCAAUAUACAACCUGAUGACAAGCCCUGAAAAAUGGUGACGUGAGAUGCUGUUUCUACAGUAACCACUGCCCGGCGCCGAUCUAGGUAGCUGAUCUGAAUUCACCAGCCACGUUCACAUCGCAGCCCGUCGUCAAGCCUGUCGGCUUCGGAGGGCGAGCACACUUUAUUUCUGAACUGGACGAGCUGGUCGUCGGCAGGCACGGGAUUCAUCGAAGCUUGUGGUUGCUGUUUGGGCGAAUGGGAGAAUUAGCGGAUCGCCCACCGCCUUGGACAUCUCGAGCUUCCGUGCUCUCUUCUACACUCCCUCACCGUUGUUAGGAGUCAGGGUCUAAUGGUGAGGCGGCUGUUGUCGACUAGGGGUCUCGAGCCAGUGUCUCACUAUUUACUGGCAAGCGCUGCCAGUCGCAUCGCCUUUUCGUCUUUACAGCUCGAAUUUUGAAUCCGUCCGAGGUUGUUUAGCAGAGUGGCUGGUAAGGAGCAUCCCCCAACGCCUAAAGGCGGCGGUCUCAGCCCUGAUAGUCAAUCUGCAUUCUCCAUAGCUGGGAAGAUUUGAACAGCAUUAUCUAAUUUCUACCUGGUGCUUAUUGAUAAUUGAUAUCGUUGUUACCAUAGCAUACAAGCUAUGUUCUAGCGGCUACUGAGCAAUCUAGGUGGCAAAUUGUAUCUCUACUCGCAGAUACAUUGCCGUCAAGCAAGGUGAUUCAAAUGUCUACCUAAAAAAAAAAAAUCCGAACAUGGCAUCACUCAGACUUGCUCAUGGUUCCAUACGGAUAUAAUUUUAUAUUACACCCUUGAAAAGGAUAUAUCGGUCGUGCCUUCGACGGCCCCACUAGAGAAAGGAAAGCAGAGAUAGCCCCACCAUGUGCCUGCUGUUAAUUUCUAAACCGCAUCCUGAGGGGUUCCUCGCGCUAUGAAUCAGUCUAGCUCGGGAUAAAAUGGAGCUGGAUUUCCAACGGACAUGCAGUCCAACCAAGGCGACUUCGCGUCUCAGCAUCAUUCGAAAACACUCAUAAACACUCGUCAUUGAACUCACCCUGAGCCGUACUUUCGAAGUGACUUACAUUAUUUACUGGGGCUUCUGUCUGCUAAUAUGCUGGUUAAUAAACAUUCUGGAGUGUACUCCGUACUAGUUCCAUAGUACACUUCCUUGAGUUGGGAUUCGAUUGCUACUGUCAUACAGACUAAUGAGGUUUAAGUGGGCUAGACAGAGGGAUUAUUAGUAGAGCUGCGGGAGAGUAACGAUCACCGUGUUUGAUAUACGAAGGGGUUGAUAAGAUGUAAACGGGGACGACUUAGCGGCUAAAAGAGCAGCAGCAGCGACAAGUGGAUACUUGAUCUCUAAAACGGACAGAUAUUCAAAAUAUUCAAAACAACGGUGUUGGAUCUAGGCCACAUUCUCUGUGAUAAAAGAGCUCUCUUGCCGUCUAGCGGUGACCAGGAAUGGGGAACUGGCCGUAUCUUUAUGGGGCCUUGGAUGAUAUGGAUAUUGCAAACACACCAUUGAUAUAUCUUUUGGACAUUGGCUUGUAUGUUAUAUUUAGCGCGCCUUAUCGCCUUACCAGUUCUGUUGAUAAUUCACACCAAGCUUCUUUUUGGGUAAAAGGUUCGGAUUUGUGUCAGGGUUGCAUGCACACUUGCUCUUGGUAAAAAUCACUCGACUGAUCUUUGUAUUUAAUAUUCAAUCAGCACUUUGCACACGGUUCUUUGCUCUUCUCUUUUCUUCCCAUGGCCAAUUUCUGUCGUGAUCUGGCUGAUAUCAUAUCUGUCCUUUCUGCCUAGUCGUCUCUGUGCUAGGAACAACCAUUUAAUUCCCUGACAUACCCGCAGCGGUUGAUCUACUGGCUAGCCACCGUUGGGGACCUCGCCUAACCCUUUAGCGUCGGGCUGGCGGCUCCAUUCUUCAUGCAUCAGGACCACAACUCACAACGCACAACUCACAGCUCACAACCUCUUCGCCUUGGGCAUUCCAGGACUCCACCCACUAGCUGCAGCAGAGGACCGAAAACGGUGCUUUUUCUUUUCUCGGGCGCUGACCGGCUGCCAGAUGCUGUCUGUCUAUACGCUUCAUCACGCCCGUUCCGAGCGUCAUCAAUCCCCAUAUGCCCGCCACUCAGUCCACCGGGGGGAGGAGUCCCCAUUCUCUGGACCACCCCAGCCUCUAAUUUUGCCUAUGUGUUCGGUUCUCGACGAUGCAUGCAGGUCCUGUUGCUACCUGACUAACGUAGACAUCUGGGCAAACAGAUGAGGGAAGACCUUCAAUUGAUGCCCAAUAUGCCUACACUCAACAUUCCAUUGGCCCCUUGCCAGUCGUUUUCUAAAGAACCACUUGCGCCUUCAUUUAUUUCAGUCAUCCUGACGUGGGCAAAAUGCACCAGCCAUCCCUAUUUGGUUUUCUGCGUCUUCCUCGAGCGUUGGCUGUCCAACCCGCUCCCCUGGAAGCUUAUAUCAGUCGUUGGGCGCGCGACUCUCAACCAGCUUAUUAUUUCUGGUCACACUUCCACAUUUCCACUCUCCUUUCGAGAAAUACUUUUCUUUUAUGCACCCAACGUCAGUUUUGAUUCAACUUGCUUUCUUUGUUUUCACCCCGCCUACAUAUUUCAUCGUUGAUUGCUCCGCUGUACACCACCUUUUUUUAUUUUUGUUCAUGCCCAUUCGCAGGCCCAAUCUGAUAGAACCAUUCAAAUUUGAACGGUUUUCUUUCACAUCUAUACCUUGCUACCCUUCGUCUCACUCACCCCCCUUGGUGCGUGUCUCCUAUCGAGGACCUUCACUAAGGAUUCGUGUCUUCACUUAACUGCCCUCUUCUGCCUCACUGCCGCAUACCAUGCUUUCGAAUUUUUACCAGUCAUACAUGUGAACUUCGCCAAACCUGUUUCUCCUCUAUCCCGAACAAGGAUCCUUAACUUUUCUUUAACUGGGACCACGUCGAUUUUUAUCAGGUGACAGCAGACAUAUUAAGGUAUUUGAUACCUUUUCUCGCCGGCACCAUGGCUCCAGGAAACGCAAAAGCCCGCAAGGGAAAGGAGAAUAAAGGCAAGAAAGGAAAAAAAGGAAAGGCGCAGAAACAAGAUCAACCUGAAGAACCUCAGCCAUCUCAACCACCAUCACCAAAAUUCGAACCUCAAAAGCCUGAGGAAUUUCAACAGCCCGAAGAAACAAAACAACCCAUCGAAGAACUUCAAGAACUUCAAGAACCUCAAGAACCCCAAGAACCCCAGGAGCCCCAAGAACCCGAAGGAUCUCCAGCAACCCAAGAGCCCCAAGAGCCCCAAGAGCCCCAAGAAGCUCAAGAAGCUCAAGAAGCUCAAGAAGCUCAAGAAGCUCAAGAACAAGAAGCUCCUCAACAGCCUCAAGAGUACGAAGAACUGCAGGAGCCUGAACAACUCCAAGGACUUCAAGAGCGCCAAGAACCUGAAGAACCUAAAGAAGCUGAAGCACCUUAUGAACCCGAACAACCUAAGACAGCUUCAGACUCCAAAGAACCUCCCCAAAUUCAGGACGAUCAACAUCCUCUACCGCCCCCAUCUGUCAUAGAGAGUCUUCAACCUUUGCCAGAUUCCGCUGGUUCAACCCCGUCAGCUACCCCCUUAAGUUUCAGCAAAGAAAGCAUAUCUUCUCCAAAGGUUUCGAACUUGGAACUUCAAACGCCCGUUGAGAAUAGCAACUCCAACCAGGAAGACAAAGAUACUAGCAAAGAGGGUGCAAAAAGUAACGACGGCGAAGAUAACAAGAGCGAACCUAAAGAACCGCGAGUUCGUUCAGUUCCGUCACCUACAGGCGCCCUAUCAUCCCCCGGCCCUGCAACACCAGCUGCCACAUUAUCCAACAAUCCAUUUGAUGGUCCCAAUAACACGAAUAAAGAGAUUGAAGACCCACCACAGCCACUGAGGCAUCCAUCACCUUCAGCAGCGGAAAUCCGUCUUCCUUCUCCAUCACCAUCUGAACUGAAUCCACGAUCUAAUCCUGCUGCAGCUCACCAUUACCUUCACGGCCAUCCGCCAGCACCUAUUUCUUCACCCCACUAUUCAUACGGUAGCCCAGUAGUGCACCCGUAUGUACAUCCCAUGAUACCGCCACAUAACGGAGCAUCAUUCGACCCCCACGCGGCUAGCAAUAUGGCAGUUACCGCCCCAAGUUAUCAUACCCCUAUGCGAUCAUCCACGAUGGACUCGCCAUAUAGCCCAUACCACCAUGCUAGAAGGAGUAGCCGAACCUCAUAUGGUCGGGGAUAUGCAGAUACUUAUUACAAUAACGACUAUGGCCCUGUUCGGGAACCAGCACCCGUCCAGCCACCGGUGAUUGAGAACGGGAAAUCUGCGUCUAAUGGCGAGGGACUCAAUAUCAGUCUCCUAUCACGAAUCCAAAGCAUUAUUCCGGACAUCGGCCAACUGGUAAUUAGCUAUCGAGACCAGCAAACUCAGCUGUCUGCGCGAGAAGCGGAACACAAGCAAAUCGAGGCCCAGCAUGAGGAAUCCCUAAUGCGCAAGGAGUAUUACAUCGAAGCUCUCCAAGCACAGAUGCAAAAAACAGCCAACGAGAGCGCGAAGGAAUGCUCGAAAUUAAAAAGCAGGAUUAGCGAACUUCGGCUCGAGCUUGGUGGACUCCAGGAGAAACAAAAGGACAUUGAGGAGAGCUUAGCUGAUGCCCAAAAGGAGAAUGAUGAACUUUCGCAACUUCGGGAAGAUCUUCAGGAGGAUAUCGAUAAUCUCCAACGAGCCAUCGAGGACGAGAAGGAAGCCCACGAGGAAGAAUUGGCAAAGCAGAGGGAGCAAGAGAAGGAGGCACUCGUCAAUCAGAAGCAAGAAUUGGAAGGCUAUUUCCAGGAGAUCAAAAACGAAGAUGACAGGCUCGCUGCUGAGCAACUCAAGGCUCGUGAACAGGAACUAACGGUUGAGCGAGACAAACUCAAGGCGGAGUUGGAGACUGAAAAGCAGGAACUUCAGGAAGCAAAGGAUGCCAUGGCCGCGGAUUACGAGGGCAAGCUAGAGUCCAAGCAGGCCGAUAUCGACACCAAACAAGCAGAAGUUGAUGCUAAGCAAGAGCAGCUGGAGGCCAAACAAGCGGAGUUGGACGCGACACAAGCGGCUCUGACUGCUAAAGAAGAGGAGUUGACUUCUAAGCAGGAAGAGUUGACUGCUAGGCAAACAGAAUUAGAAACUACACAGGGCGAGCUAGAAACCACGACGGGAGAAUUGGAAACUACAAAGGAGGAAUUGGAAGCUACUCGGAGCGAGCUGGAAUCUACAAAAGGAAAAUUGGAGACCACUCAGGGUGAACUGGAAUCAAAGAAAGGAGAAUUGGAGACCACCCAGGGUGAACUGGAAUCAAAGAAAGGAGAAUUGGAGACCACUCAGGGUGAACUGGAAUCAAAGAAAGGAGAAUUGGAGACCACCCAGGGUGAGCUGGAAUCAAAGAAAGGAGAAUUGGAGACCACCCAGGGUGAACUGGAAUCAAAGAAAGGAGAAUUGGAGACCACCCAGGGUGAACUGGAAUCAAAGAAAGGAGAAUUGGAAAGCACCCAGGGCGAGUUGGUAACCACAAAAGAUGAUUUGGAGCAGAAAGUCAAGGAACUGAAAGCUAAACAAGAGGAGCUGGAAGCGAAACAAAGUGAACUGGAGGCAAAGCAGGAUGAACUGGUCGCUUUGCAGCGUGGCCUCGAGACAACGCAGGAUGAGCUAACCACCACGAAGGAAGAGCUCGACUCGAAGAAAAGUGAGCUUGACUCGAAGCAAUCCGAAUUGGAGGAAAAACUUGAAGUGCUUGAGGAGAAAAAGCGCGAGUUGGAUGCCAAAAAUGCGGAACUGGAUGCAAGGAAUGCUGAUCUAGAAGCAAAGCAUUCUGAGCUUGAGACCGUUCAAGGCGAAUUAACCAGCAAGCAGACCGAACUCGAAUCCAAACAAUCCGAUCUGGAAGCGAAGCAAGCGGAACUCGAUGCGAAGCAGGCGGAACUCGACCAAUUGAGGGAAAGCCAUAUAGCCGAACUCGCCGCGUUAAACGAAACCCACGAGAAGGAACGUGACUCCGCAGCGGAAGAAGCCGAGAAAAAGAUUAACAAUUUGAUAAAUGAGUACCAGCAAAAGGAGGAGGCGUGGCAAAAGGCACGCGAGGACCUGGAGGCUCAGCUGGUACAACGAAUGGAGGAAUUAAGACAGGCUGGGGAAGAGAAGGAGGUUCUCGCCAGGGAGGGUCAAGCUAAACAGGAACAACUGCGGAAUGUGGUAGAGGAGAUGCGGCAGACUCAUGAGAAUCUAAGCAAAGACCGUGAAAGGUUGAAGAAAACACUACAUAGUCUCGGAGAGGCAACCGAUAUGAAAAUUAAAGGGGACGCCUUCUUCUUUCAAUGCUUUGGCCAACUUACGCGCCUCAUUGUUGACCUCUCGAAAGAACAUUUUGGCUACCUCCCUAUCGACCCACCCGCAGACAUCAUUGCAAAGAUACCUUCCGAAAUCCCCCAGUUCCUUGACAACACCCAAGCAUCGCGGGAACUUCGAUCUGCCUAUGUGCAGCAUGUCAUUUCUAAGACACUCACCUAUAGGAUUUUCCAGCCAUUCUUGUUCACUCUCGGCAGACGCUACGAUAAAGCAGACACCUUUUUCCAAAUGCUAUCCAUGGAUAUCCGUCGCAAAUCCGUGAGGCGCGAGGCUUACUGGAGACAACAGACACUCAAGGCCGCCUACACGACGUCCGACGCCAAACAAGCUAUCAAUGUAGUUGCUGCAGUCAUCGUGGACGAGAUCAUUGACCAUAUACGCCACUUCGCGGAUCCCAAACACCUCGACCAGUUGCUCGUAGGCGUGCGGAAAAUCGUGAAACUUGCUGCAGAAACCUGGCGCCUUGCUCGCGUCGAACGGGAACUGAUCAUCUCAACCAUGCCCUCAGCUGAGGACGAACAAACCGUGAAUGAAGGUUGGAAGGAAUUCGUUUAUGAUCCCGCGCCAUCACCAACAGCAGAAGAGUCCAACAAUGAAACACAUUCGGUCCGUAGGCGACGAGUGCUCCUCCGUAUGUGCCCUCGCAUCUACCGAGAACCGGUGCACGAAGACUUCACCGAAGACGGCGAGAAAGGCACUCAAUGCGUGUACCUACCGGGCGUGGUCCUCUAUGCCGAUUCGCCUUCUGUCCUCGCACGAAAAAUGGAAAUCGCCAGGAAAACGGCUGACCCCUCUGGAUCCGGAUCUGGCACUCCUGCUGUAGGCCCAAGUGGUAAUGACGGCGACAAUCCUUCCGAUCUUCCCCUGGAUACAGCUGCAGAAAAUGACGCAGCGGAUCAGGAUGCUGGAACUCCUGCAGUGGAGGUUGCUGCAUAGCCGUCAACUCCUUCUCCAGAAUUUUAGCCCUUCUUAGAGUGCUCCCUUCCCACAUAUCAGUUUGAAAUUUCAGUAAUGCCCCCUUACUUCACUUUUGCUUAAUUUCCUAUUUCAGUUUAUUUUCCUCUUCCUGGUUUUCUUUUACAUGCUUUAUACAUAGUUUUUUGUAACAUCCUGUAACGGUGAUGAUAGAUGACAUAUUGUUGUAUGAUGGGGUUUUUCAUCAUCGUCUGUUUUUGUCCUUGCGUUCUUCUCCCAUAUGUCUUUGUUGUACUUGAUUUCUAUUUUUGGCGAACUUAGCGAUGCAUAGCGUAUUAUGUUUGAUUUCUGGGAAUAAUCUUCGGUCUCCAUCCUUCCUUCUUUAAUUGCCCCUUUCCCAACCUAGUUCAUUUCCUAGCAUCUACGUUUUGAAUUGGCAUAUGUACUUCCUCUGUUUCUGUCUUCUGUUGCUACUCCUAUGAGCCUUCAACUCUCGAACUUCUUAACCUUUUCAUUCUUUUUUCGUUCGAUCUGGUAUCAAACUUUUAUACUUUCAAAAACACUUUUGUUCUCAGCUACACUCCCCUACUUUUCGUUUUCAACUUUCCCCCUAAUUUCGCUACGAGAUAUAGGAUAAUGCAGCAUACUUAUGUCGCCAUUUUUCCCCAACUCUAUCUAGAUCUGGUUCCCACCUGUCUAAUAAUGACCUAAUACUCUGUAACUCUUUGAUAGAACCCUGGUCGUAGUUGAAAAUCUUUUCGUUUCGCUGGGGUGCUCUUCUAUCGAAAUUGCAUGAUCUUUUGAA